AUGGCGGCAGAUGGAGAGCGGUCCCCCCUGCUCUCCGAGCCCAUCGACGGUGGCGCCGGUGGAAACGGAUUAGUGGGGCCGGGCGGGAGUGGGGCUGGGCCCGGGGGAGGCCUGACCCCCUCCGCACCACCGUACGGAGCCGGUAAACAUGCCCCGCCCCAGGCAUUUCCCCCGUUCCCCGAGGGACACCCAGCCGUGUUGCCUGGGGAAGACCCACCCCCCUAUUCACCCUUGACCAGCCCGGACAGUGGGAGUGCUCCCAUGAUCACCUGCCGAGUCUGCCAGUCUCUCAUCAACGUGGAAGGCAAGAUGCAUCAGCAUGUAGUCAAAUGUGGCGUCUGCAAUGAAGCCACUCCAAUCAAGAAUGCACCCCCAGGGAAAAAAUAUGUUCGAUGUCCCUGCAACUGUCUCCUUAUCUGCAAAGUGACUUCCCAGCGGAUUGCCUGCCCUCGGCCCUACUGCAAAAGAAUCAUCAACCUGGGGCCUGUGCAUCCAGGACCUUUGAGUCCAGAACCACAACCUGUGGGUGUCAGGGUCAUCUGUGGACAUUGCAAGAAUACUUUUCUGUGGACAGAGUUCACAGACCGAACCUUGGCCCGUUGCCCUCACUGCAGGAAAGUGUCAUCUAUUGGGCGCAGAUACCCACGAAAGAGAUGUGUCUGCUGCUUCCUGCUUGGCUUACUCUUGGCAGUCACUGCCACCGGCCUUGCUUUUGGCACAUGGAAGCAUGCACGGCGAUAUGGAGGCAUCUAUGCAGCCUGGGCAUUUGUCAUCCUGUUGGCAGUGCUGUGUUUGGGCCGGGCUCUCUAUUGGGCCUGUAUGAAGGUCAGCCACCCUGUCCAGAACUUCUCCUGA